GAAAACAUUAUUAAGUUAUUACAGUGAUGAAUUAUGAAUCAAGAUGAGAUUUAUAAGUCUAAUGAUAAUCACCUUUCAGCAUGAUUGAUUCUAUUUUGGAUUCGCACGGCAAUGAAUUAGCUUCUGCAGUUGAUCCUAAAGAGACUAUCUGCUCCAAAAAUAAACAUGUCUCGAUGGAAGACUUGCAGGAAUUUGCCGAUCACGGAUUGAACGGGUUAAGACAGUUGGUUGAGAUAUAUGAUAAUCAACUUAGUGAUUUUGUACUGGAUCUGGUUCCUUACUUAACAAAAUUCCACUAUGAAUACGACAGCAGCAAGCACUCUUGCAUAACAGAUAAACUCAAAGCAAACUGCUCCAACAAAGAGCUCGUCCUGGUGGCAUCAGAGCAACUGUCCCUCUCAACCUGCCCCAACACAUAUCCCCUCCUCCUUCCCCUCUUCGAUCUGUCUCAACCUUAUAACGCUAGCUGGCUUGGUAGCACCCUCAUUACCAGUGUAACUAAAGCUGUGGUUUGUGACCGCUGCUUAGAAAAUUCUCUAGAUAUUUCUUGCUAUCAGGCUGUGAUCGAUUGUCUGUCAGUUUUGGAUACUUCACAAUGUUCAGAAGAGAGUUUGACUGAAUUUCAAAAGUUGGUUAUCUUUGUGGUUGACUCGGAUAGGACUCUUUUCAGUGGAUCAUCAAUUGCAAUGGUUCACCGGAUCCUUGGUAAACUAGACCUAGAUUUCUCCAGUAUCCUGACUAAGUCCACUACUGAUAGCUGGGAUCCACGAUGUGUCAUGCUUGUGUCCUACUUCCCGAACUCUGUGCCUUUGGUGUACGAUUUCUCCUGGUUGUUCAGCAAUGUUCUGCCUUGGUUACUUCUGGUUCUUGAAGAUAUCGGUAGUUUUGUGGAAGGAGAUGAUGUUCGACCUGUCCUGAAUACCACAAUGUUCUUCACGAAACAAAGUUUUAAAAUCCAUUCGUCUGACCUUGUUAAGUUAAGAAACUUGUUCGAUUCGCUUAUCUCGAUUGCUGUCAAUAACACGAUAGCUAUGAAUAGGAGCGAUGCUUCAAAAUCGAUAGCAUUGCUUUCAGCUAGAUUUUUGCUUCAAGAUCGUUUGAAGCUUGUCAAACAUUAUACGAAUCAUGAAAACAAUAGUGUAGCCGGACUGUUUAUAGAUAUGUUGAAAAAGACGCUGGCAAAUGACGGAAAUGGGCUGUCCUCCUUCAAGAUCUUGAAGCUGAUCAGGCCACUGCUAAAUAUAGAAAACUGUGAUGUCCUUGAAUGUUCUCACAAGAUUUUAGCUAUAUUAUCCUUAAUUCAACUGGUUUCAACAUUACCUAUCCUGAAGGAAAAGUGCAGUAAUCUUGAUGUACAAUUUCACCAGUUUACUAAGACCGUUGAAGAUCUAGUGAAAAUAAAGCAGAUGGAAGUAAAUGCUGAGGUCAGCUCUCUGGGCGAAGACACGAUAUCUUCUUCUGACAAGAAAGUGCCAGCAACUAUAUCAGUUCAAGGAGAAAUGAUAACUGAACCCUCUGCUGCUGAGCAACUGCAGUCUCUUCAGCUCGCGAGGUGUCGACUCGAUCUUAUUCUAUUCAAUCUUGCUAGGACUGGUGAAGCUCUUGAUAAUCUUGGUAGAUUAAAUGACUGACCGGUUAUUAAAAUUCAUGAUAAAAGGUCUAAAGAUAUUCUGUAAGGUUUGAGGUAUUUCGAAAGGCUUGAGGUUGCUAACAUUAACGGGGAGGGGAUUUGCAGCCUUGCUUUUAUGUAAUAUGCUUUAGUUGGAAUUUUAAUUUCUGGGCUCAGAGGAAUAGCAAUAUUUUUGAGAAAUAUUUUUAUGGUUGUUUUUUAAUUCGGGAGUAGGCCCGAAUUCUCAAUUAAGCAGAGGGAGGGGGUUUCCCCAAUGCAUACGGUGGCCAAGGAUAUGAGUUUUGAAAUGCAAAAGACACUCCAUAGUGCAGUAACUAAUCAUAACGGGAUUCAAAUUGAAUUUUUGAACUACUAGCGCUGUUUGAGUGUUUGACUAAUUUGAUUUUUAUUUGUACUUUUAUGACUUAACUUAAUAACUUUAUUUAUUGUGAAUCAUGGGUAGACAUUUUACAAGAUUUAUAUUGGAUUAAACUUGCUAAUUUACUG